GCCAAUAAGUCGAAUGCUUCUUAUAAUUCUUGAGGGAAAAGAAGAAAAAAAAAGGAUUAACGAAGAGAAGGAGAUUGAACAGAGACAGAUUUUUCCAUUCGAAUUUUCAUUUGGAAAUUUGGGGCCUCAAAAAAAUUUGUCAUCCAAACGCCAUUCAUCUUUGUUGUCAGGUUCCCCACCAAUUUCUGCAAAUAAAAGCCCACGUCUUUCACGUUUUUCUGCGCAAUCUCGGAUUACAGAAUCUCAACCAACAAUUUCCACAGCGAAGAAGGCAAAAAAGAGAGCCAUUGUUUUCUUUUUAAACUCCUCUGCCGGCUGCCACUCCCUCUCUCAAAACUUGCUUCUCUUCUUUUACAUAGAGAGAGAGUCAAGUUUCUGAAAACAACCCUUCAUUCAACUGCAGUAAUUGACCCCUUCCACCGGCGACAUUUGGGCUUGAAUCAUUCGGGUUCUUCUUUUCUCGCCUGCUCAUUGUCGUCGUCAAUUGCAGAAUCGGGGACCCAUUUCAGGAAUCGCGCAUUUGCUCUGCGAUUUGACCCGGUGAGAGAUCUGAAGAAGCUCUGUAGGUUUGAAAUCGGGUUGAUAGCGAGAAAUGGGCAGUUUGGGGGCGAUUUUGAGACACCCAGAUGACUUUUACCCGCUUGUGAAACUGAAAAUGGCCGCGAGGCAUGCGGAGAAGCAGAUCCCACCGGAGCCUCAUUGGGGAUUCUGCUACACCAUGCUGCAUAAGGUCUCUCGAAGUUUUGGUCUCGUUAUUCAGCAGCUUAAGCCCGAGCUUCGGAAUGCUGUAUGCAUAUUUUAUCUGGUUCUGCGAGCCCUCGACACUGUUGAGGAUGAUACAAGCAUACAAACAGAUAUCAAAUUGCCCAUUCUGAAAGCUUUUCACUGUCACAUAUAUAACCGUGAUUGGCAUUUUUCAUGUGGCACAAAGGAUUACAAAGUUCUUAUGGACCAGUUUCAUCAUGUUUCGACUGCAUUUCUAGAACUUGGAAAAGGGUAUCAGGAGGCCAUUGAGGAUAUUACGAAACGGAUGGGUGCAGGAAUGGCUAAAUUCAUUUGUAAAGAGGUAGAGACAGUUGAUGAUUAUGAUGAAUAUUGCCACUACGUAGCCGGACUUGUUGGACUAGGUUUGUCUAAGCUGUUCCAUGCUUCGAAAUUAGAGGAUUUGGCAUCUGAUUCUCUUUCAAAUUCUAUGGGAUUGUUUCUUCAGAAAACAAACAUUAUUCGAGAUUACUUGGAGGACAUCAACGAGAUACCGAAGUGUCGGAUGUUUUGGCCUCGUGAGAUAUGGAGCAAAUAUGCUGAUAAACUAGAGGAUCUUAAAUAUGAGAAGAAUUCAGACAAGGCCGUGCAAUGCCUCAAUGAUUUGGUCACCAAUGCUUUGACUCAUGCAGAGGAUUGUUUGACAUAUAUGUCUAACUUAAGAGAUCUUUCGAUAUUUCGAUUUUGCGCAAUACCUCAGAUUAUGGCGAUUGGAACUCUCGCAUUGUGCUACAACAAUGUCGAAGUCUUCAGGGGGGUAGUCAAAAUGCGGCGGGGUCUUACCGCUAAGGUCAUCGAUCGAACAAAAACGAUUGCUGAUGUGUAUGGAGCUUUCUUUGAUUUUUCUGUUAUGCUGAAGGCUAAGGUCAACAGCAGUGAUCCUAAUGCAUCUAAAACCCUGAGCAGGAUCGAAGCGAUUCAGAAAACAUGCAAGCAGUCAGGACUCUUGAACAAGAGGAAACUGUAUAUAGCAAGAAGUGAGCCAAUGUACAACCCAACUCUGAUUGUCAUACUUUUCAGCCUAUUAUGCAUCAUUCUCGCUUAUAUCUCUGCGAAACGGUUACCAGCUAACCAACCCAUAUGAGCUUCAAACUCCGGAUAUGAGUUUCAUCAGGACACGUAAACUUCACGAUAUGAUUAAGCGUCUAAGCGCCGUUAAUCUUCCUCGUACCUUUGUUUAAACAUUACAAUGGCUGUAAGUUACUGUUUGUUUAGAGAGACCAGGAAACAAGUGAGAUCCUGUAGCCUUCUAAUGGAUGUAGUGUAAUGGUAGACGUGGAAAUAAGCUGUUUCUUCUCCUUAUUUUUCUAUCUUCAAAUAAGGGAUUGAGUCUUGGAAUUGGAAUUAAAUAUCUCUUUAUAGCAUAUAGUUACAGUGAACGAAUGAGAUGCACUCACUAAUAAUGUAAUGUUCUCUGUUUAAUUACUGUCUUAAUGUAAUGGUGAUUGUUUAUUUACUGUAA